AUGCUUAAAAAAAUAUUUAUUGUUUUUUCUUGCCAUAUAUCCUUAAAUAUAAUCUCCACUUCUCUUCUCAUCGUCUUCUUUCUUUUCUUUGUUUGUUUGUUUGUUUUUGUUUCUUUCUUUCUUUCUUUCUUUCUUUCUUUCUCAUUCCUUCCAUUGUUUCGUUUCCACCUAAUUGUUUCGUUUCUCUCCACAUAUGUUUCUUUCUUUCUUUUUUAUUUGGUUCUUUUUCUUUCUUUCUUUCUUUUUCUUUCUUUCUUUCUUUGUUUUCAUUGUUUCGUUUCCAUUUUUGUGUUAUUCUCUAUCCAUGUCUUUAAAUCUAAUGCCCAAUUAUAUACUCAUAGUCUUCAUUCUUUAUUUUUCUUUCUUUCUUUCUUUCUUUCUUUCUUUCUUUCUUUCUUUCUUUCUUUCUUCAUACCGUUUCCUUUACACCUGUUAUGUUACCUCUCCCAUGUUUUACGUCUAAUCGCUAAUUCUAUUCUUAGUCUUUUUCUUUCUUUCUUUCUUUCUUUCUUUCUUCAUACCGUUUCCUUUACACCUUCUUUCUUUCUUUCUUUCUUUCUUUCUUUCUUUCUUUCUUUCUUUCUUUGUUUCUUUUCUAUUCGUUUUUCUUUCUUUCUUUCUUUCUUUCUUUCUCCUUGUUUCCAUCAUUACGUUUCUAUCUUUCUUUCUUUCUUUCUUUCUUUGUUUCCAUCAUUUCGUUUCUUUCUUUUGUUUCCAUUUCGUUUUCUAUUUCUUUCUUUCUUUCUUUCUUUCUUUCUCCUUACUUUCUUUCUUUCUUUCUUUUUUGUUUGUUUGUUUGUCUUCUUUGUUUCUUUCCUUCUUCCUUUCUCCUUCUUUUCAUUGUUUUCCUUUCCACCUCAUUGUUGCGUUACUCGGUCCAUAUUUUUAAAUCCAGUCUCUAAUUCUAUUCUCAUCAUCUUUUUUUUCUUUCUUUCUUUCUUUUCACUUUCCUCCCAAUCUCAUCAUUUUGUCUUCUUUUUUUUUCCCCAACUAACUAUUCACUCUCUCGCGAUUCUCUCACCUCUGCUCUGUCACGAUUUACCCUACUUCCUCCCAGCUGAAGUCUUCUUUUCUUCUUCGCUCAGAUCUCUUUUAUCAUUUCUUUAA